AUGUCACCAUCAGGGACGCAAAUCAGUUUGGAUGAUCUGUCUCAUCGCUCCUCACGUCCACGUCCCAGCCAGGAGGAUAACCGGCAAUUACUCCCCAGUAGCGCAAGUUCAACCUCAUCACGUCGUGGCUCGUCUGAUUCCACCAGUCGCGCAUCGAAUGCUGGCCUCCAACCUGAUGCUAGCAACAAUGGAGAUCACAGUGACAGCGACAGUGGUGUGACUGCAGAAUCCCACGAUGAUUCGGAGAGCGAUGAUAGCAUACCGCUACGGACCACAGAGAAAAGGAAAUGGCGGUGGAAACACCUCGUGAUGGAUUCUGGGACCGACGAACCCUACCAACUACACGAUGACAGUGCCACAUUGACUCGUCUUGUAUUCUUAAGGCUGGUGGCUGUCACAAUCAUAAUAGGUGCCAUCGUCCUUGGUGCGCGCGGCCAAAGCUUCGAUCUCGCAUCCCAUACGGUCGAGAACGGAAUCGUAGUCGACCAAGAUGCGCAGCUGGCCAUCAUCGGUCUGGCUAACACUAUCCUCCAGUUCCUGACGCAGGAAGCCCUUCUACACAUUUCCGCGACACUGAUCACAAAAUGGAUGACCGGCAAAGGCGAAAAGGGAGCCAGCUCAGUCGAUUUUGACCUCCUUGACGAAUUCAAGAAACCUUGGACAGCUGCCUCCAAAUUGAAGGAACGAUGCAAGAUCGGCACUCGGAAAUCGCGCGCCUGGUUGCAGUUCAUCGGGGCCCUUGUCGUCGGCAUCAGUAUCCUUCUCCUCGGUGCGGCCAUGAACACCAUCGCGAUACCCAAAUCUCGCUGGUGGCCCGACACACGGUUCGAAGCACCACAGCCCCCAGACGAUCGAUUCUACUUUGUAAAUCAGACAUCCCGGGUCGCAAGCGUCAGCCGAAUGCCACUCUGGGGCCAAGCAUGGGAGAUGAUCCGGGAAGGAGGAACGGCUUCCUGGGAAAUGGCUCACACCCUCGCCGCAUACCGCAGCCUCAAUGCAUUGAGCAAAUUAUAUGAUACCUUCAACAACGAGGCCGGCUGGCAAUCCAUUGGUGAUAAUGAUGCCCCAACCUUUAGCGCCAUCGAGGUCACCAAUGCCUCCACUCCCUCCAUCCGCUCCAUGGCCAUGCACGGUGACCUCGCCAUAGCCAUGUACAAUCAGCAAAAGGCGCAGAACUCACACAGCUGGGCCCGCGACUCAACAGGCUGGUAUGCCAGGCUCUUCAUGCCCGGCAUCCUCCUGGACACCUCCUGCAUCCCCAAUAACGACACUCUUGCCACGGGCUCCUGGACAGCAACAACCUCAUCCACCAAUUCCACCAUCACUGUCACCAUCGGACCAGCUACAAAUACAUCCACUAGCACAGGCACUUUCAAUGGCGCAAUCUGUUACAUCAACGUCUACCAGGCCCAAGUCGCCCUUCAGCAAUGGUUCUAUAGUGGCACCGGCAACUAUGACUACAGCAUCAACAACUACGGCGCAGACAUGUACCCGGAGAUUAGCUAUCUGGACCCUCCAAGCACGACCGAAACCCUCGCCAUUUCCACCGAGACGACCUCCUGGUUCGAGGCCAUCAUACCCAACCUUCAAGCUUUCUCAACCAAUAAAGAAGUCCUCAAUCUCACCUCGCUUGCCGUCCUCCUUGCCGAUGACCUCGUCAGCUUCAACCGGGGAUACUCGCAAUUGGACGGCUUAGCAGCUGUGAUAUCCACCAUCUUCACGGAUAUGGUCACAUCGUUUGAUUGGACGUAUGCUGUAUCUUCCGGGAACACGACGAUGCAGGGACCUAUCCGGUGGCAGAUAUACGGAUCCGGGCCACGGUUACCCUGGGAAUGGGUCAUUGCGAUUGUCCUGGGGGUUGGGAUCGGGGUGCAGGUGUAUGAUCUUGUGCUUCUGGGAUGGUGGAGGGGGCUGGCGAAGGGGCCAUGGCUGAGCUUGGAUGGGAUGCUGGUUGCGGCGAACAAGGCCCCCAUGAUGAAGGUGCUGCAGAAUGGAAAAGGGGGUGGGUAUGUCUCGGAUGAGGCCCGGCAGGCGAGGUUCUUCGUUCGUCAAUUGGCGAGUGACCUGGAGGGGCAGAGGGAGGGGGAUGCAGUGUUGGUUAGUGGAGAGGAACUGCAAGAAGAGGAAGGAAUGUAUGUGGAGUUACAGCCGGGGAAGGCAUAUAGGGAACAGGCCACAGCCGCCUGA